UACUCGAGUAACUAUACGAGGAAUAACCUAUUCCAUGAUUUUAAUUUCGAGUAAAUCCAUAGUCGUUUUUCCACGUAUACUUGCGCUAGGAAUAACAAUACGCGAAUAGCAGAGGAAUGGUGAACAAAAAUAAAAUCCGGCAAAUAAAUGUUGUUGUCAACGGCAUAGUGUAAGAGCAUACAAAUCGUCAACUCGAUUUUGCCGUAUUUUAGUGUGAAAAAGUAGCUGUUGUGUAAGAUAUCCAGCUGUCAAACGUAUUAUUUUUAUUUGUUGUUUGUUUGAGGGAAUUGUCAAGUUUUGUCGUGUGGUUUUAUCUUUUUUCGUUUAAACGUUGCAUUAUACAAUGUCAGACUAUUAAUAAUAAUUUAGUGCAUUGGGUUGACUUGAAAUUAAAACAGAAUAAAUAUUUAUGAAAUGACAGAAAUCAGAUGUUGGACUGACUGACGCCAUUACUUUAUUGUAGGAAUAGCUCCGUUAUUCCGUGCGAAACGGCGGCGCGGCGGCGGUAUAGUAACAAUUCCCGAAUAGGCCCACUAUUUUUAGAAUUGUAGAUGGUAAAACGUAAAAUUGAUUUACUCUCGAUUAACUGACGAGUUAUUCUAAGAAUAAGAUUUACUCUUGUUUGGUCGAAUCGACUCAAAUCGUAUAAUAAAAAAUCUUCCUCAUUCUUGCGUUUUCCCGGUCUAGUAAAAUAAAAGUUAAUCCCGUAAAAUUUAUAAAUUUAUUUAAUUAAUAGUGGUAAGUCAGCGUAGAUAAGUACCGCCAUCCUGUCUAUUUCUAUCGCGAACAGUCAUACGCUCCGACUUGAAGGGUGGGAGAGUCAUUAUAGAAUAUAAUCUAUAUAUAUAUAAAUGAAUUGCUGUUCGAUAGUUUCGCUAAAAUUCGAGAACGGCUGGACCGAUUUGUCUAAUUUUGGUCUUUAAUUAUUCGUGGAAGUCCAGGGAAGGUUUAAAAGGUAAGUAAAUAUGAAAAUGCUCGGAAUUAAAUAAAAAUAACAAUUUUGUUUUUCCUUUGAUGUUUAUUUUAUACAAAAGUUUAGGUCUUUUAUUUAUCGAUUGAGGCACUACGAAGUUUGCCGGGUCAGCUAGUAGAAUAUAAUUGAAGACUUUCACCUCAAAUAUCAAGAUGAAAUGGGUGGCUGCAUUGUAUUGUAUAUUGGAUCCGUUAUUACUUAACACGAGGUAAGCCGGGAGCAUGUUCAUUCGUGGAUGGAAUAAAAAAAUACACUCAUAAAAUAAACAAAUAAAUCUGGCCCCGAAUUAAAAUUCCCUGUACUACGGUCAGACACUGAUAUACGAGUAUUUACUUAUAUAUGUGUAUAUGUACAUACAUAUGUAAAUAUUUAAAACCCAGAUAGGGCAAACAAACCUGUUCAUAUGACGAUUUAUUUUAAAAUUCCUUAUUUAGUUGAACGAUCUUAGUGCCCACCUGAUGUUAAGCGGUUACCGGAGCUCAUCAACAACAUCAAUAACGCAGUCCACCUUGAGACAUGAGUUCUAUAGUAUAACGUCUGCCCUACCUUUCAAAUUAGAACGUAUUACUGCUUCGCGACAUAACUGCUUAGACCGUAUGUCUCAAGGUGGGUUACAGCAUUCGCGUUGUCAUGCCUAUAGUUACCAGUACCUAAACCCUUGACACAAAGAAAAAAAACAUUUUUUUCUUAUUAAGUGGGUUAUAAUAAUGGCUUGACUAAUUUAUUAAAAAGAGAUUUAUUUAAUGCUGGCGAUAAGAGUAAGCCAUUUAUAUAAUUUGUCUAAAACAUUGUAUUACUGCUAUAAAAGUGUCGAUAUUUGAAAAAAGUCAUUGUUUUAUUUUUCGAUAACCUACCAUGUCUUAUCGCUGUAGUAUUCACAUUUGCUUACGAAAUAUAUUAUGAUGUGUGUGUACAUUGAAUACAUUUAAGUUAAUCUCUACGUACGCCGUCCGUACGUUGUAAGUAAUAGUCACAUUGUGUGAACACAGGAAAAAUGGUGUUAAGCCGACAACUGUUUUUGAGUAAGCGUCUAGUUGUCGAAGACAAGGUUUUCGAUGGCGGUAUUUUAGUCAAUAGCUAUGGUGUUAUCGAAAGAGUUCUUGAAAGAAAAGAAGUUAGUCGACUUUUGGACGAAAGUGGUGAAAAUAUUAAGGUAGUGGACGGUGGUGAUUUAGCGCUGAUAGCGGGCAUCGUUGAUUCGCACGUCCAUAUUAACGAGCCGGGUCGAACCGCUUGGGAGGGAUUCCAAACGGCAACUAAGGCUGCAGCUGCUGGUGGGAUUACCACGAUAAUCGAUAUGCCCUUGAAUUCGAUACCGCCAACUACCUCGUUGGAAAACUUGAAAAUUAAAGCAACAGCCGCUAAAGGAAAUGUAUUUGUUGAUGUAGGAUUCUGGGGAGGAGUGAUACCGCAAAAUCAUGAUUCACUGCAGGAUCUGGUCGAAGCCGGCGUUGUGGGAUUUAAAUGUUUUCUGUGCCCCAGUGGAGUGGAUGAAUUUCCUCACGUUGAGUUACAGGAUUUACAAAAAGCCUUUGCUUGUCUUGAAGGAACUGGAUCGGUGCUUGCGUUCCAUGCUGAAAUCGACUGCGCUUACGAUCAAGGCCAUAAAGAAAAAAUGAGAAAGAAAGAUCUUGAAGAAUAUCACACAUUCCUGGAAUCGAGACCUGCAAGCAUGGAACUCGAAGCUUUCAAUUUAAUAAAAAAAUUUGUUAAGAAACACAAUGUACGCGUUCAUAUAGUACACGUAUCAUCUGCAGAAAUAAUCCCUUUACUUCAUGCCUUGCGUCGAGCAAGAAGUGAGAACAAUGGAUUUUGGCGGAACGGAAUUACAGCUGAAACUUGCCAUCACUAUUUAACAUUUAGCGCUGAGCAAAUACCAAAAGGGCAUAGCGAAUUUAAAUGCGCUCCACCCAUUAGAGAUAAAAAUAACCAGGAAAAAUUAUGGGAUUUCCUGUUAGAAGAUAAAAUAGACUUAAUUGUAUCCGAUCACUCCCCGUGUACUCCAGACCUUAAGUGCAACAAAAAUCUUAUGGAAGCGUGGGGUGGAAUUUCUUCCGUGCAAUUCGGGCUAUCAUUGUUUUGGACAGCAGCCGAAGCUCGUGGCUUGGAUUUGACUUCGAUCAGUAAAUACUUAAGUUCUGGACCAGCCCAUUUGUGUAGUAUACAACACAAGAAGGGUGCUAUUAAGCCUGGUCUAGAUGCCGAUCUUGUGUUUUUCGAUCCAGAGGCUGAAUUUGUCAUUACUACUGACAUUAUCCGGCACAAAAAUAAGCUAACACCGUAUCUGAAUAUGAAACUCAAGGGCGUAGUAAAAGAAACAUAUCUUCGUGGUCAAUUGAUAUACAGAGAUGGCAAUGUUAUUGGUCAACCUAUAGGAGAAUUAUUACUGAAAGAAUCUUAAAUUUUGAAAGGCCGACAGUUUUACGCAACUCAAACACAUUGUGCCUCUUUUGUCUGAAAAUAAACUACUACUAAAUAUAUUAUUUAAAUUUAAUAUUUGAAAUAAAGAAUUUACAACAAAGAAAAAA